AUGCUCGGUCUUACUAUAGAUGAUCUUCGCUCAGACUUGACCUACCAACCCGAGGCUCUCAAUUCUGGGACAAGCGGCCGCCGCGGCUGGGUGGUCCACUUAACUCAACUCGAGAUCUACACGAACCCUUCUGAGGGCGGCAUUCACGCUGGUGACGACUUCUACUACGCGCACGAUCUCCGUCCCAGCUCCAUUCGGAUUGAGAAUGGUCGCGGUGGUCUCUGCCAAGCGGUCAGGAAGGCUUUAGAGGAUGCGGGCAUGCAUCCGAUUAAUCUAGGCGCGAUACCUACGCCUGCACUCACUCAUUUUGCCCUCAAGAACGGCAAGGGCAGCAUCAUGGUUAUGGGCAGUCAUAUUCCUUUCGAACGCAACGGCUACAAGCUUAAUACAUCCAAGGGAGAGUUAUUGAAAAAGCACGAACAGCCCAUUAAUAAUGCUGGCAUGUUUUGCAACGUGUUACCCGACCUUGUGCCUGCCGUAUCGGAAGGGAAAACAGCCUACAUCCAGUGCUACCGGGAUUUCUUCGAGGGUCUUAGGCUGGAAGGCAUGAAACUCCUCGUCUACCAGCAUUCUGUCGUUGGUCGGGAUCUCUUGGUUGAAUUUCUCCAGAUGUUCGGCGCCGACGUGACUCCUGCCGGUCGGAGCGAAACUUUCUUGCCGAUCGAUACUGAAGCUAUUGACGAAGCCCAGCUCAACACCGUCCAGGAUAUCUGCACUGAAACCGGACAGACAUUUGACGGAAUAGUGUCGACCGAUGGUGACAGCGAUCGUCCACUUCUCCUUGCUCCUGAAGGAGACAGACUCCGCUUCUUUAGCGGCGAUCUGUUGGACAUGAUUGUUGCUGAGUACCUGCGUGCCGAUGCCGUCGUCGUGCCGAUUAGCACUAAUGAUGGCAUCGACCGCGGUCCUUAUGUGAUCUCUGGUAUCCAGAAUGCUGUCUCGAAAGGACGCCAUGGCGUUUGCGGGUGGGAGGCUAAUGGAGGUUUUCUCACUGGAUUCGAUAUUGACCAAAACGAAAGGAUACUAAGCGCACUUCCUACGCGCGAUGCGGUGCUACCUCUGCUCUGUGCUCUGUUCGCGGCGCGCAACAAACAAUGCACACUACCGGAAAUUGUUUACGACCCUUCCCGAUUGUUUCAGCCGCGCCGCAUUGAUUCGCAAGUUUCCUCGGCCAACGAGCUUAUCAUGAAGCACUACUCACCCCCUGAGGCCAUCAUACAAAAAGUCUCAUUCGACAACGAUAACAUCAUUGCUUUUGAUCCCGGUCACGCCACCCUUCGAGUAACAGAGCCACAUGCUCAGCAACUUGUCCUGGUGCGUCGAGAACUAUGUAGUAUAUUCUCGGCCAAAUUUGGAUUCUCUGCGAUCUCCUGGAUUAACUUCACCGACGGAAUACGCAUGAUUUUUGCCGAUGGCGAUUUCGCUCACAUACGUCCGUCCGGCAACGCGGAUGAGCUUCGUAUAUAUGCAGUCUCCAGUAGCCGGGAGCGUACCGACGCCAUCAUUCGCAUGGGUAUCGCCGAACUUGAUGGUCUGCUGAGGCGAUUAGGAAGCAUGGUCUAA